GCCAGCUCGUUUUGGAGACGCUCUCUCGCGGGCAGCUGCAUGCUCAUGCAGAACGGCUGGCCAUCGCCAGCUACACGGCCUACCCUGGGGUUCACCGCCUGCUGAUGAGCGUGGAUCCGGGCGACUGCAUGCGCGGACUCGCGACAUGGCGCGGCUGGUGGUGGGGCGUUAAGAACGCCCAAGAUGGAAUUUACCCAUCCGCGGUUUUCGGUGGCCCCUCCGACGAUGCACAUCUUGCUGAAUGGGCGGUCUUGAUCUUGGGCGAAGUGCGACGACUCGUUUGUGCUCGUUGGGAUCAAGUGCUGUAA